AUGGCUGGUGCACCACCACCACCUCCUCCCCUUCCUAUACCACCCCCGGGCCCCCCGGCGGGAACGCUAAUCAACGGUGCUCCGGCAAGUAGAAUCACCGCCUCCAUGAACACCCUCGCGCUACUCCCCAUCCUCCGCAACACGACUAUGCGUCCCAACCGCAACCUGCUCGUCGGACCCCGCCGCAUUCUAAACGAAGAAGCAUGGCUAGCAACCCAAGUCGGUACUCUCCAAGCACGUCCUUGCACCAAUUGCAGGAAGGGAAAUGGUCCGUUUACCGAUUGUGUGGUGGCCGAUGGCCAUUUCAAAGAGGCGUGUACGAAUUGCUAUUACGGGGGGCAGGGGAGCAGAUGUUCGUUGAGACAUGAGCAUCAAAACGCAGUAGCUCAUCUUCAAGCAGAAGCCGAAGAUGCUCCUGAUAUUCCGGGUAUGGCGCCUGCGAAUAAUUUCGGUGGCCAGCUGGGUGAUUUAGCAGGAGUGGCCGUCGGUAUUGCUCAGCAGGGUAUUGGUGCUAUUAUCAUACCCGCGCAAGGAGUUCCUCCUGCAGCGAAUGUUCCUCGUGGGGGAGGCACCGGUGGUCCAAAGCGUAUUGCGCCGUUAUUGGUGGGACCGGUGGGUAUUGGGUUGGCUGGUGCAGCUGCGGGGGCUGCGGCGAUUUUGGUGGCUCCGCAGGGCCCUGGCGUAUUUGGGGGGACUAACGCAUCUAGAGCGCGUGCUGCUAGAGGGUUGAGUGAUGUAGAGUUGGAGGCGCACAGGAUUAGGUUGAGGGCUGAGUUGGCGAGAGCUUCGGCUGAGUUGGAUGCUGUUAGGGGAGAGCAGAUUAAUAGGGAGGCGUUGGGAAAUGAACAUGAGGAAGACGAGGAGGAAGACGAGGAAGAAGAUGAAGAGGAGGAGGAGGAUGAAGAAGAAGAGGAGGAGGAGGGUGAGGAUGACGAAGAAGAAGUCGCAGCGCCGCCGCCAGCCAAAAAGCCGAAGCAUGGAAAGAAGAUAAAGAAAUAA